AUGUCCUACAACCAACAGAUCCUGCGCUCUGAGGUUAUCCUUGAGAAGUAUGGGAAAGCCCUUACGGGGAAAACGGGUAAUUACCCACUCAAUACAUUUAAGAGAACUGAAGCUAACCAGCUCGCACCCAUAGUACUCAUCACCGGUGUUUCCGACGAUUCCAUCGCUGGCGAGCUGGCAGUACAACUUGCAAGCGCUGAUCCGGCUCUCCUCAUCCUGACUGCUCGUGCCGAGUCAAAGGUAGUAGGAAUCGAAGAAAGGAUUCACUUAGCUAAGCCAAAUGUCAAGACCCGUUUCUUGCGCAUGGAUUUGAGCGAUUUGAGCGCCGUACGAGGAGCCGUCGAGGAACUCACUGAUGUAGCUCACAUCGACCACCUGGUCUGUGUUGCUGGAGUCAUGUUUCCACCGUACAGCAAAACCAAGGAUGGCUUUGAGAGUCAGCUGGGGGUGAAUUAUUUGGCCAACUUUGUACUUGUCAAGUUGCUUUUGCCGAAGGUUCGCGCUGCUGGCCCGUCCUCGUCCAUCGUGAUAAUGGCCUCGUCGAUGGCGAGACAAGGAAAGGUGCACUUCGAUGAUGUUCAGUUCAGCAAUGGCGAGACUUACGAUCCCAUGGUCGCAUAUGGCCAAUCUAAUGCCGCACGGGUCAUGUUUGUCAAAAGACUCGGCGAGAAGUUGAAGAACGAAAAACUUCGUGUCUUUAGCGUGGAUCCUGGUGCUGUUCAAUCCGGCCUGCAGCGACACUGCCCCCCUGGAUUCCUUGACCAGGUUGCUGAAUGGAAAAAAGCCGGGCCAAUGGUCGAUCUAGAUGGGAACACAUUUGACAUUCCUCCCUGGACCGGGACCUCCGAAGGAGCUUCCACCGUCAUCACCGCCAUGAUCGACCCAACUAUCACCGAUUAUGCUGGGUCUUACCUCAACCAGAAUGCAAUCUCCGACCACGAAUUGCACACCCACCUCAGGGAUACUGAUAAUUGGACUAAGCUCUGGAACAUGAGUGAGGAUUUGACAGGGGAGAAAUUUGCCCUGUAG